CUCUCCUCAAUGUCAGACAAUGAUCCUGGGAAUCACUUCAAUAAUAGUCUGGUCCCCCAGCUGGCCUCGGGACGAGGUUACUUCAAUAAUAGUCUGGUCCCCCAGCUGGCCUCGGGACGAGGUUACUUCAAUAAUAGUCUGGUCCCCCAGCUGGCCUGGGGACGAGGUUACUUCAAUAAUAGUCUGGUCCCCCAGCUGGACUCGGGACGAGGUUACUUCAAUAAUAGUCUGGUCCCCCAGCUGGCCUCGGGACGAGGUUACUUCAAUAAUAGUCUGGUCCCCCAGCUGGCCUGGGGACGAGGUUACUUCAAUAAUAGUCUGGUCCCCCAGCUGGCCUCGGGACGAGGUUACUUCAAUAAAAGUCUGGUCCCCCAGCUGGCCUGGGGACGAGGUUACUUAAAUAAUAGUCUGGUCCCCCAGCUGGCCUGGGGACGAGGUCACUUCAAUAAUAGUCUGGUCCCCCAGCUGGCCUCGGGACGAGGUUACUUCAAUAAAAGUCUGGUCCCCCAGCUGGCCUGGGGACGAGGUUACUUAAAUAAUAGUCUGGUCCCCCAGCUGGCCUGGGGACGAGGUCACUUCAAUAAUAGUCUGGUCCCCCAGCUGGCCUCGGGACGAGGUUACUUCAAUAAUAGUCUGGUCCCCCAGCUGGCCUGGGGACAAGGUUACUUAAAUAAUAGUCUGGUCCCCCAGCUGGCCUGGGGACGAGGUUACUUAAAUAAUAGUCUGGUCCCCCAGCUGGCCUGGGGACGAGGUCACUUCAAUAAUAGUCUGGUCCCCCAGCUGGCCUCGGGACGAGGUUACUUCAAUAAUAGUCUGGUCCCCCAGCUGGCCUCGGGACGAGGUUACUUCAAUAAUAGUCUGGUCCCCCAGCUGGCCUGGGGACAAGGUUACUUCAAUAACAGUCUGGUCCCCCAGCUGGCCUCGGGACGAGGUUACUUCAAUAAAAGUCUGGUCCCCCAGCUGGCCUGGGGACGAGGUUACUUAAAUAAUAGUCUGGUCCCCCAGCUGGCCUCGGGACGAGGUUACUUCAAUAAUAGUCUGGUCCCCCAGCUGGCCUGGGGACAAGGUUACUUCAAUAAUAGUCUGGUCCCCCAGCUGGCCUGGGGACGAGGUUACUUCAAUAAUAGUCUGGUCCCCCAGCUGGCCUGGGGACAAGGUUACUUCAAUAACAGUCUGGUCCCCCAGCUGGCCUCGGGACGAGGUUACUUCAAUAAUAGUCUGGUCCCCCAGCUGGCCUGGGGACGAGGUUACUUCAAUAAUAGUCUGGUCCCCCAGCUGGCCUCGGGACGAGGUUACUUCAAUAAUAGUCUGUUCCCCCAGCUGGCCUGGGGACAAGGUUACUUCAAUAAUAGUCUGGUCCCCCAGCUGGCCUGGGGACGAGGUUACUUCAAUAAUAGUCUGGUCCCCCAGCUGGCCUGGGGACGAGGUUACUUCAAUAAUAGUCUGGUCCCCCAGCUGGCCUGGGGACGAGGUUACUUCAAUAAUAGUCUGGUCCCCCAGCUGGCUUGGGGACGAGGUUACUUCAAUAAUAGUCUGGUCCCCCAGCUGGCCUGGGGACGAGGUUAG